GUGACAAUUGGACCUACCAACAGGACAACAAUCCUAAGCAUAAGGCUAAGGCUAUAAUGGUUCUUUUGAAUAAUCGUUGUCCAAGUGUUCUUGACUGGCCUUCCUUCUCCUCAGAUCUCAAUCUGAUUGAAAACCUCUGGGCAAUUAUGAAGUAUUGGGUUGAAAGAAAGUUGGGUAUUGUGAUUCAAAAAAAACAAAUAAUCUCUCAAGAGUUUUUUAAGUUAGUAAUUGAAGAGAAACGGAAUAAUAUAGAU